AUGGGGUACACUAGUGUGCCGUGGGAUCUCAAUGACUGCACAUUGUUCUUUUAUGUGCAGGUUGUCACUGGUCAGAUUAGACAAUUACUUGUGGAGAUCAAAACUGAAGCAAUGAUGCUGAUUCAUGAACUGCAGACAACACUUGUGCUCGAUGGAACUCAACCAAGUGCAAAUGAAGCAGCUUCAGAAGAUAGCUCUCCUACUGCUCUCGUUCAAAAAGAUGCUUCUCUGGCUGCCGUUGCUUGCUCUGACCUUUCCUUGCUGCGAUGCGGCAGCCCUGAAGCUGCACGCCCACCACGCGACGGCGGCCGCAGCCUCACCCGCCGGGAGGUGCUGCACCGCAUGGCCGCGCGUCUGCUCUUCUCGGCCUCGGGGCGCGCGGCAAGCGCCCGCGUAGACCCGGGACCUUACGCCAACGGCGUCCCCGACACGGAGUACCUGGUGCACCUCGCCAUCGGCACGCCGCCGCAGCCCGUGCAGCUCAUCCUCGACACCGGGAGCGACCUCGUCUGGACGCAGUGCCGACCGUGCCCCGUCUGCUUCAGCCGCGCGCUCGGACCGUUGGACCCGUCCAACUCCUCCACGUUCGACGUGCUCCCCUGCAGCUCGCCCGUGUGUGACAACCUCACCUGGUCGUCCUGCGGCAAGCACAACUGGGGAAACCAAACCUGUGUCUACGUCUACGCAUACGCCGACGGCUCCAUAACCACCGGCCACCUCGACGCGGAGACCUUCACGUUCGCUGCCGCCGAUGGCACCGGGCAGGCCACCGUUCCGGACCUGGCCUUCGGCUGCGGUCUCUUCAACAACGGAAUUUUCACGUCCAACGAGACCGGCAUCGCCGGCUUCGGGCGCGGCGCGCUGUCCCUGCCGUCGCAGCUCAAAGUGGACAACUUCUCCCACUGUUUCACCGCCAUAACGGGGUCGGAGCCCAGCUCUGUCCUGCUCGGCCUUCCGGCCAACCUUUACAGUGACGCCGAUGGCGCAGUCCAGUCCACUCCUCUGGUCCAGAACUUUUCGUCUCUGAGAGCAUACUACCUGUCACUAAAGGGCAUAACCGUCGGCUCGACGAGGCUGCCGAUUCCCGAGUCGACGUUCGCGCUGAAGCAGGACGGGACGGGCGGCACGAUCAUCGACUCUGGCACCGGCAUGACAACGCUGCCCCAGGACGCGUACAAGCUCGUGCACGACGCGUUCACGGCCCAGGUCAGGCUGCCCGUGGACAACGCGACGUCGUCGUCGCUCUCGCGGCUCUGCUUCUCGUUCUCGGUGCCGCGGCGAGCUAAACCCGACGUGCCAAAGCUGGUGUUGCACUUUGAGGGCGCAACGCUGGACCUUCCGAGGGAGAACUACAUGUUUGAGUUCGAGGACGCAGGCGGCAGCGUCACCUGCCUUGCUAUCAACGCCGGCGACGACCUGACCAUCAUCGGCAACUACCAGCAACAGAACCUGCACGUCCUCUACGACCUGGUGCGCAACAUGUUAUCCUUUGUUCCUGCUCAGUGCAACAGGCUUUAG